AUGCAAGGAAACAAAUCAACAAUAAGAGAGUAUAAGAUAGUAGUGGUCGGUGGAGGUGGCGUUGGUAAGUCCGCUUUAACAAUCCAAUUCAUUCAAUCAUACUUCGUGGACGAAUAUGACCCUACCAUCGAAGACUCUUAUAGAAAACAAGUUGUCAUUGACGACAAAGUAUCCAUUUUGGAUAUUCUAGAUACUGCUGGCCAAGAAGAGUAUUCUGCAAUGAGAGAGCAGUACAUGAGAACCGGGGAAGGUUUCCUACUUGUCUACUCUGUCACUUCUAGAAAUUCCUUUGAUGAGUUGCUGUCUUAUUAUCAGCAAAUUCAAAGGGUCAAGGAUUCUGACUACAUUCCUGUAGUCGUGGUAGGUAAUAAACUGGACCUUGAAAAUGAAAGGCAAGUCUCUUACGAAGACGGGCAACGCUUAGCUAACCAAUUGAAUGCACCCUUUCUGGAAACAUCCGCCAAGCAAGCCAUUAAUGUAGACGAGGCGUUUUAUGACCUUAUCCGUUUGGUAAGGGACGACGGCGGGAAAUACAAUAGCAUGAAUCGUCAACCGGAUAAUUCUGCCGAUUCGAAUGAAAUGAGGAACUCGGGGCCGACCACAUCUGCAACGGCGGAUGGAGACAAAAAGAACAACGGGACUUAUGUUGUUGAUAGUUCUUUGACUAAUGCCGGCACCGGCUCUAGUUCGAAAUCAGUCACUAAUCAUAAUGUUGAAACUACUAAAAGAACUGAUGAAAAGAACUACAUCAAUGGAAACAAUAAUAACGACGGAAAUAACAAUUAUAAUUCUAGUAAGAGCAACGGAAAUCGAAGUGACAAUAGUCGUGAUAAUCAUAAUAAUGCUCCAAAUGCGAGAAGUAAACAGUCCACUGGGGCACAAAAAAAUUCAAGCGCCAACACUAAAAAAGAAUCUAAUGGUGGUUGUUGUAUAAUUUGUUAA